UAAAAUCUGUUUUGCGUUUAUGUGUGUAUUUUGAAGUUGGUGUGUUUUGGAAGCUAAUCUUUUGGAAUUUCAGCUUAUUAGAGAGUUCAGUGCAUGUGCUGUUGGCUGUUGUGAACUUUUCAGCUGUGGCGUGGAGGGUGGAAUCUCUGUAAAUAGAUUGAACAUUUGUAUCUCCAGUAAAUACAUUUCAGUUUCAUGACCAGUAGUCUCACCAGUUUGAGGAACAAGAUGGAGGAAGAGGCUCUUGGAGAGGAUUAUCCUAUGGAAAUCCAUGAAUACCUUGCAGCGUUUGAAGGUUCCCUUGAUUCUUUAGAAGAUAUGCUAAAUUGUAUGAUGUCUGUUUCUAGAAGUGACCUUCAGAAGUUGGACCCGCUUGAACAAGCCAAGUUGGAUUUGGUUUCUGCGUACACAUUAAAUUCCUUGUUUUGGGUGUAUUUGAUAACCCAGGGAGUUAACCCCAAGGAGCAUCCUGUUAAGCAAGAACUGGUUCUGUGGUGGGGAAGUAAAGAGGAAGCUCCCAUACAAGCAACUAAGGAGCAAGGAGGAGGACAGAAUAAGGACUUACAUGAAUAAAGUCAAAGAAGCAGCAGAGAAGAAGAAAGGGCCAACAUCAAAACUUGAUAAAGCAGCUGCUUCCAGAUUUAUCAAAAGUGCAUUAUGGGAGCCAAAAUCUGAUGAAACACCUUCACGUGAACAUUCACGCCACAAGAAAAGAAAGAGUUAAAUCC